UCUUCUCUCGCAGUUAGCAUCCUGCCGGUGUCUGCGUUGGAUGAGAUCUUUCGAGAGUUCCUCGAAUCGACAUCAGCCGAUGCAGCUUAGUUGUACGGUUCGCCAGUCUGCGUUGUCAUUUGGUGAGCCAUGUUUAGCACGACACUAUUAGCCGGUCUCGAACCGUACCGGGAGCGGAUCGGACAGGCAGCCGGGUUUCUCACGGUUGCUCAGUACGUAGCGGGCUGGUUCAUUUGUAAUGACAUUCGACGACGAGGAACGACGGUCGGUGUUUCACCGGUUCGGUUCAUCGGUGGAUGCGGACUCUCCAUUCUUCAACUGCAGUACUCUCAGAAGCUUCAAGCUCCGGCACUAAUCUGGACGAGUAUUAUUACACUAACCUUUUCAAUACUUUACUCGCUUUGGUACUGUUGGUAUACGCCGCGCAGUUUGAGAAGCUCGUUUUACAGACUCACGAUCGGCACGGCCACUGUUACGGCGGGUCUGUACGCGUAUGGCGCCCAGGGUGACAGUCCCGAAGUGAUGUACCGGCUUGGAAUGGUUUUGACAAUGCUGGCCCUUGCAUUCAUCGCGCUUCCGCUGGCUCAGCUCCGUUCAAUUAUUCGCGCCAAAAGCAGUGCCGGAUUGCCACUGCCGGCAAUACUCGCCUCCACCGGUGCAACUAUCCUGUGGCUGCUGUACGGGCUACUCAUCAACAACACGUUCAUAGUGGUCCAGAAAAUCAUAGCGAUGGGCUUGUGCAUGGUCCAGCUAUCGUUGUUCAUCAUUUAUCCAGCAGCCAAAGCUGACGGUAAGGGAAAAAAGCAACGCUAAUCCGCCGCGAAGGAUUCACGGCAAGCCGUAUCUUCAAUGUUGCUGUUUGGUGCGAAAGCUUGGUCCGUCUGCCGGACAGUUGAUAAGGCAUUUGUAACACAAAACGCAAGCAUCGUUUGUUCAUGGUUGCUUCUGGACGCUGCGCCAGGCUGUGUUGAGAUUUUACAUUGAAAGCCAGGCGGUGUUGCUUUUUUGUUAGAUUGCAAUACAAGGUGAGUUUAAAAAUAACUCUAUUGCAUGCGGCAGUUAGGAAAGUCUGUUCAAUUUUGAAUCCCAGACAGUUGCAUUUUUUUUAAAUCACCAGCGGAAAAAUCUACAAAAGUACUUAUUGCAAAUAUAAAGUAUCAUUUUUAUUACAAACGAA